AUGAAUGAAAGCACCGAGUCCAAAGUUGAAAACACUGUUGCCAACGUCAAGGACGAAGAAGUAAAAUUAAUAAUUGAAAAAUUUUAUGGUUUAAAAGAUGGCGACAUAAAAAGAUUAUUGGGUUACGAUGAUUUAAACUUUCAAUACUCAUCUCCCAAAAAUAAUAAUCCAUACAUAUCAAAAAUAUGGCCCCACGGAUACGUAUUAAAAAUAAUGAAUUCAUUUGAUUCGAAAAACGUUGAAUUAACCGAAUUUCAAAAUAAAAUAUUGCUUUUUUUAAAAGAACACAAUAUUUGUGCACCUGUGCCUGUUAAAAAUUUAAUGGAAAAAUAUUACAUUAAAAUAAAAAUUCCCCUUAAAUAUAAAUCCGAAACGUGUCAGAAAGAACACAUAGUAAGACUUUUAAAAUUUCAACCAGGGAUUCUUUUUUUAAAUAUACCGAAAUCUUUUGAUAUUUUUUACUUAAUAGGAAAAUUCACAGCUAAACUCGACAAAGUUUUAAAGAAUUUUACGUUACGUUCUAAUCUUACGUUUGAAUCAAAAUGGUAUCUUCAAAAUGCGCCAAUUUUAUUAAAAUAUAUUAAUUUGGUGAAUAAUUUGAGUCAUAGAAAAAUAGUUCAAAACGUUAUUGAAGAAUUUAUUUCUAAAGUUUUAUCGCAACAAAAUACAUUUGAGAAAGGUGUAAUUCACGGAGACAUAAAUCCACAUAAUAUUUUGAUGUCACAAAAUGAGGAAGGAAAGUGGGAUGUGGCAGCCAUUUUGGAUUUAGGGGAUUCGCAUUUUUCAAAUUAUUUUUUUGAAUUGGCCAUAACAAUUACGUACAUGAUGUUAGAAUGUAAAAGACAUAAUUUAGAUAUUAUAGUUGGCGCGGGUCACGUGUUAGCCGGUUUUUUAAAUAUAUGGCCGGAUUUUAACAUUAACUACAACACACGAAUUUGUCAAAGUCUUGUAUUAGGUUUACAUACUUUUUCUUUACAUCCAGAAAAUACCUACGUUUUGGAUAGCCAAGAUGUUGGUUGGUCUGUCCUUGAGACACUUUGGCAAACGCAGGAAGAAUAUUUAGCUGAAAUUUGGGGAUCUGUAAUAGAUUCAUACAGUACAUAA